CACUAUGCAAUUGUUCCUCUUCCAUCACGAAUUUUCGUUCGUAGUGAAAAUGGACUUGGAAAGAGAAAUUUCUAACCGUAUAAUUAAUAUAGGGAUAUACUUCUUUAGUUUCCUAAUCGGUAUACAACCGUAUAAGGUGUCUGCCUUGGCGAUGCUACUGUUCUACGUUCCUCAAUUCAACAGAUUAAUCGAUAUCGGUGAAUUUCCAUUAAUCGUAGCAGCCAUCUUAUAUUUUUAUAUAGUAAUUAUGUUUGUUGCUUCCUUUUCUGUAUCCACGCAGAUCUAUAUGCUCAUGGAUACUUUCUUUUAUGCACCAGAUUUAGAUGAUCUCUCUGACCCACUAACUGUCAUUUGGUUGCUGGUACAGAUCAUCUACUUCGAAUUGACGUUUUUUGUGUUUGAAAAACUCUUCCUAACCGCAAGAUACGUAAACUUGGUGUUAAAUUUAGUCACCAGAUUAAUAACCUAAAUUUUUUUGAUUUUAUAUGACAUUUUAUAUUUUUUUAGACGAGCCGAAAGCUAAAUUUUUAUCUAAAUUCUCUUCAAUACGUGGACUAUGUAACGCUUAUCGUGAAGUAUUUUACUACGUUUUGCUGGCGAACUGUUCUCUAUUUUUAUCAACUUUUAAUCUUUUCUUUUGUAUAUUUUUUAAAUAAAAUAAAUAUUUUUCAUGAAAAUAUCGUGUCGAUUGUCAUUAACGUGAAAAAUGGUGGUAAAAUAAAGUGUUUUCACCUAAUUUAUAAUAUAAGCCAUUGCAUUAUUCUGCAUUUUUACUAUUAGUUUCCUGAAGGAAGGGUAGAAUUGCAGCAUUUUAAAGCAGUUGU